AUGCGGGCUUUGCAAUUCGCCUGGUCGCUUCUAAUCCUCCAAGCCGCAUUAUGUCUACAAGCCACUCAUGCACGCCCUGAUGCAUGGACAAGUUCCAAUUCGUCCUGGCCCGAACCGCAACAGAGCAUCAUCAGAGAUGUAGCCAUCAUCGGCGGUGGCUCAGCCGGAACAUACGCCGCAAUCCGUCUACGCCAGAUGAACUAUAGCGUCGUCGUUAUCGAGAAGGAAGAUCAUCUUGGCGGGCACGUCAACACAUACACCGAGCCGGCGACAGGAAUUGCCGCCGACUACGGAGUGCUAUACUUCGAAGAUGAGCCCUGGGUCCGCGACUACAUUGCUUAUCUCCACGUACCGGUGGUCAAGGUCUCCGUUCUGGGGCAAGGCGUGAUGCGCCGUGUCGAUAUGCGAACCGGGGCCUCCGUGCCCCUCUCAGAUGGAACCACGAUCCCCGCGAUGGCGGCGUAUGCGGCGCAGUUACUGAAAUAUCCCUAUCUCAACACCGGGUUUAACCUUCCCGACCCCGUCCCGGAAGACCUCCUGCUCCCCUUUGGCGAGUUCAUCAGGAAAUACAAUCUGGACGGGGCAGUGGACAUUAUUGCGCUAUUUAACCAAGGCGUCGGAGACCUGCUGCAACAGCUCACCCUCUACAUGAUGAAGUACUUCAGCCUGGGUGUGCUUCGAGAUGCGAUCGGAGGGUUUCUCCAACCCGCCAGCCACAACAACAGUGACCUCUACGGAGCAGCACAGCGAGAGCUGGGGAGCGACGCACUACUCAGCAGCACUGUUACCGCCACAAACCGUGACGACGGAGGGGAGGGAGGGGAGGACGACUGGGUCCAGCUGCAAACGCGCACGCCCACCGGGGAGCAGACAAUCCAGGCCAAGAAGCUGAUUGUCGCCAUCCAGCCCAAGCUCGAGAAUCUGGCCGCGAUCGACCUCGAUCCGACCGAGCGGGACCUCUUCGGCCAGUUCAACAGCACCAACUACUACACCUCUCUUGCCCAUGUGCCCGGACUCCCCGUGGGCUCUCUCGUCCUGAAUCGUGCAACGGAUACCCCGUACCAUCUACCGCCGCAGCCAGCGGUCUAUGUCAUGAGGCCGACCCAGUCUCCGAACCUGACCUCCAUCCUGUACGGGAGCGUGGAUCAUAUGAGCGAGGAGGAGGUCAAAAGACAUAUCACGCAGAGCGUGCUGCAACUGAGGCAUGCGGGUAUUCCGGUCCAGGCGCCGGAGUUUGUGGUCUACUCCGAUCAUUUUCCGUUCUUGUUGACCGUCUCGGCGGAUGCGAUCCGCGGGGGCUUCUAUCGGCAGUUGAACGCCUUGCAGGGGCGUCGCAAUACGUACUACAUGUCUGCGUCGCUCAAUACCCAUGACUCGGCGGAGAUUUGGCGCUUCAUUGACGAGAUGUUGAGGACGCAUUUCUCGCAACCGGAGGAUUAG